GCCCUCUUCCGGUGCCCUCGGCCCGCCCGUCAGCCUGUCAGGCAGCCGUCGCCGGGCGAGGGCGGCGGAGGGAGCUGCGGGCGCCGCUGCUCGGGGGAUGCGGCGGCGGAGGCGGCGCUGCUGCUGCUUCUGUUGCGGCGGAGGCGGAGGAGGGAGGCGGCUGCUGCUGCUGGUGCUGCGCUAGGAGGAGGCGGCGGCGAUGUUCGUGCAGGAGGAGAAGAUCUUCGCGGCGAAGGUGCUGCGGCUCCGCGUCUGCGCCCUGGACGGCGCCGAGUGGCUGGAGGAGGUGUCCGAGGACACGCCGGUGGAGCGCCUGAAGGAGCGCUGCCUCAAGCGCUUUGUACCUGGGAGCCUAGAGGAUCCAAAAAGCAUCACCCACCAUAAACUGAUCCACGCGGCUUCUGAGAAGGUGCUGGCAGACACGAAGACUGUCUUGGAGGAGAACAUUCAAGACCGAGAUGUCUUGGUGCUGAUAAAGAAGAGGGCACCCCCUGCCCCUCCGAAAAUGGCAGAUGUUUCUGCAGAGGAAAAGCGGAAGCAGGAGCAAAAAGCUCCUGAUAAGGAGGCGAUUCUGAAGGCAACGGCCAGCCUGCCCUCCCACAGCGUGGACCGCAGCGUGUCUCACCACAGCAUGAGGGAUUUUCAGACCGAACUCCGGAAGAUCCUGGUCUCCCUCAUAGAAGUGGCCCAGAAACUUUUAGCACUGAAUCCGGAUGCCGUAGAACUGUUUAAGAAGGCGAAUGCCAUGUUGGAUGAGGAUGAGGAUGACCGAGUGGAUGAAAUCGCCUUGCGCCAGCUGACGGAAAUGGGUUUUCCUGAGAGCAGAGCUGUCAAAGCCCUUCGUUUGAACCACAUGUCUGUGACUCAGGCCAUGGAGUGGCUGAUUGAGCAUGCAGACGACCCCACCGUGGAUGCGCCCCUGCCCGGCCAGCUUCUGCUGGAAAACUCUGCAGAAGUGGGGACCUCCUCCACCACCACCACCACCGCCAAGGCUGUUGCUGGGGCCAGCCUGGAAGCCAGCGGAGAGGAGCCGAAGGACGAGCUGACGGAAAUCUUCAAGAAGAUACGCAGGAAAAGAGAGUUCCGCCCUGAUCCACGGGCGGUCAUUGCCUUGAUGGAGAUGGGAUUUGAUGAGAGGGAGGUGGUGGAUGCACUCCGAGUGAACAACAACCAGCAGAACGCAGCGUGUGAGUGGCUGCUGGGAGACCGGAAGCCCACCCCAGAGGAUUUAGACAAGGGCAUUGACCCUUCCAGCCCUCUCUUCCAGGCCAUCCUAGAAAACCCCGUGGUACAGUUGGGACUAACCAACCCGAAAACGCUACUUGCCUUUGAAGAUAUGCUUGAAAACCCUUUGAACAGCACUCAGUGGAUGAACGAUCCAGAGACGGGGCCUGUAAUGCUGCAAAUUUCCCGAAUCUUCCAGACACUGAACCGCACAUAGACAGGGCAAACCAAUCCACCGUGCCAUUUUGGACUCUCUUCUUGACUUUGCAUUUCCUGAGCAACAGGAGGCACCAAUUGUUGAGUGGGGGAGAGGAAAGAGAGAGAGGUUUUUCUCCUUUGCAUUUUCUAUAGGUGUGUUGCAAACUAAGAAGUUUCUAGUUUUGGCUUACAUGCUGUGUGAGUUUGGUGUGGGUGCGAGAGGGCCCGCCUGAAGGCUUUGGGUGGGGGGAGUUUGUUUUACCAGUGAUAGAAUCAAAAACUGAUAAAGGCUUUUACAAUGGUCUGAAAAUCUGCUUAUUGGUGAAAUGACAACAUGGGUUAUGUAUUCAGUGUUCAGGAUAAAGUACAAAGAUCUGCGAUGACUUGGCAGCAGCUCGCAAGAGUUCCCAUGCAGCCAUUGACAAUGUGCUAAUCAGAAUGUGCACUUCUACUCAUUAAGUUAUGUCUGUGCCGAAAUACAGAAAGCCUUUUAAGCUG